CUCACAGUCACACUUUCACUAACCUAAACCCUAAAAUUUGUUAGACCUGAACCGGAACACCUCGAAAGUAAGAGUAAGAAACCUCUUAAACCCUGCUUCUUCUCACUUCUCUCCACGUCUCUGCUUCUCACUCCCUCAGCCCCAGCCGACCUCGACAACGGCCACCGGCGACUCCAAGCUCCAACAGAAAGAAACUGAAUCUAUUUGGUGGAGUAGCUUGAUGCAGUUUAGUUGCAAUGUUUGGUCUACAAUGAUUAUUUUCGUAUAAUGCUUCUCUGUGAAAGUUCUAUAGUCAGGCAGUCGAGCAAAAUUUUGAAGCAUGGUCUUAAUUUGGUGAAGUUUUCUUGUACAAAUGCACUUAGAGAUUAUGAUGUCAUAAAAGGGAACAAUGUGAAUUAUUCUGACCAUAAAGAUUUGCAGUUUAGGAUGCAGAGUUAUGCGAAAUCCGGCCAUUUGAGUGAAGCUCUGUAUACCUUGGAUUCCAUGAAAGAAAUGAGUGGGAAGCCAAUUAUUUAUGACUAUAAUGCUUUGAUAUACUAUUUCUUUAAAUCAUCGAAUGCACCAUUGCCAAAGCAGGCCUUUGUUGAGCUAUAUCAUUCCAUGAAAAAGUUUGGUCCUCCUAAUGCAUCAACUUUUAAUACCCUUAUCAAUGGGAUGCUAUCUCGUGAUUACUUAGAAGAUAGCUACAUUAUUGCUGAAGAAAUGUUUGCUUGUGGGUUUACGCCUUCAUUUACGACCUUGUCUAAGAUAUUGAAGAAAAUGUUGGAGGCAGGGAGUUUAGUUGAUUCACUUGAUGUAUUCAAGUUUAUGCUAAGAUUGGACUAUAACCUGACCGAAAGCAGCUUAAAUUUAUUGAUCUCUAAGCUUAAAAAAGCUUGUAUGCUUAGGGAGGCAUUUCAAGUGAGCUCUCUUCUUCUGCAUAAGGGUCACAUUUAUGGUUCUUAUGUUUAUAAUUCGAUUCUAUGGGCUUUUUGUAGAUCAGGUCAGUGUUCCAUUGCUCUAAAAUUAUUUUGUUUGAUGAAGAAAAAGGGCAUUGUACAUAACAUCUGCUCUUACACUGCAUUAAUUUAUGGAUUUGGUAGAGAAUGUCGAUGGCAAGAUAUUCUAUGUUGUUUAGAUGAAAUGAGAAGUUGUGGGUGUAUGCCCAAUGUAAUAACAUACACCACAUUGAUAAAGUUGUUUUGUGAUAAUGGUAAGAUUGAAGAGGCAUUAGAUGUGUUGGUUAUGAUGGAAAGAGAAGGGUGUGAAGCAGACUUGAUUACAUACAAUGUUAUUCUUCGUGAGCUUUGUCUUCAAGAUAGAUUUCAAGAUAUAGCUCGGAUCUUCCUGUUGAUUGAUCAAAAAGGGUUUUCCUACGAUUCAUAUACAUAUGCUUCUUUGGGUGGAAGUCUACUAAAAAGGGGUAAGAUUGAUAUUGCUUACAGGCUGUUGUCUGAUUUGAUUUCAAUGCGCUUUACUUUGGACGUGGUUGUAUAUAAUAUUUUCUUCCAUUGUUUAUGUCAUAAGAAUAAGUCAGAUAAAGCAUUGUCUUCAUUGAAGAAUAUGACAGAAAGAGGCUUUAUGCCUAACAAUGUUUCAUAUAACACAAUUAUAAAGGGUUUUUGUAUGGAGAACAAGGUCCAGGAAGCUUUGGAACUAUUAGAUUGCUUUGAGUGGGGUGCAAAUGGGCCUGACCUGGUUUCCCUUAAUGCAAUUUUGUCUGCUGCAUGCAAAGAGGGCAACUCUUCCUUGAUCCAACGGGUUUUGUGUCGAAUGAGAAAUGAGCAUCUUCAGCUUAAUGGUGUAAGUUAUGUUAGUUUGAUUCAAUACUUUGCUAGGUUAGGAAAAUCCUCUCAGUGUUUGAAGUUAUUGGAUGACAUGAUGUGCAAUGAGCUGAAAUUCAACCAAAUAACUUUUAACUUGCUUCUUCACAAAUUGUGCCAUAAUGGGUUAGUCAAAAUGGCUUGGAAGCUUUUUGAACAUCUCAAAAAUAAAGGAUUUAUACUUGAUAUGAUCUCAUACAAUGUUCUCAUAGACGCUUUUGUAAAAGAGGGUAACGAUGUGUUGGUGGAGCAGCUGUUGAAGGACAUGUAUUUUCAGGGACUAAAACCAGAUCUUUGUACCUACAGAUUUUUAGUUAGAGGUGUUAUCAAGAAAGGGAAGAUAUCUGUUGCCCUCCAGCUGAGAGAUCAGAUGUUAGAUGAAGGGAUUAUGCCAAGUGUAGAAAUUUACAACACCAUAAUGGGGGCAAUGUUCUGGAGAGGCCAUUUUGGUGAAAUUCUCUCUUUGUUUAAAGCUAUGGAAAUGGAAGGUUGUGGACCUAAUGAGAUAACUUAUGAGAUUCUUCAUAGAGCAAUUUAUAAAUGUCAGGUGAACUGAGAUUUUUGGGUCUUACAGUAUAUCUGUCUUUGUAAAGCUGUAAAAUAUUAUUUAUAAUGGGACAUAGGAGACAUUGUGUUUUUUAUGUCUUGAUUGUAAUAUUUUUUUAUUCAUUAAGGAAUUCUUAACAACCAACUUCAUCAAUUCUCCGCCCAUUUCUGCCACUGUGUUUGUUGUCUUCAUCUGCAGACGUAAAAUAGGAAGAUGAGCCGAACUUCUCAAUUAACAAAUGUUGCAUUUUGAUUCU